AUGCCACGUAUAUAUGAUUCCCAAACCGGGGUGUCCGUGGAGAAACCAUUAACAUUCCAGACAUGGGUGGUGGUGACGAUCCUGGGGACGUUUCUACCGGGGACAUUGCCGGAUUGGGACUUGGAACCCAUCUGUGGAUGGGGCAAGAUCGGGGAGAGCUUCCUCCUCCCCCUUCUCCUCCUCGCCCUUGACCCCCGUCUUAAACAGGCCCUCCAGCACACCUUCUCCCGUCGUCACUCUAAGGACCACCUUGCAUCUGCCACUCGCUUCCACGAUCCAAACACGGUGGAGGGAUUGGAAGUGAAAGGAGGAAAGGCUUUUUCCCACCUCAUCGAAGAGGUCAAGGAGGACUGCGACUGA